CAGUCUCAGCGGCGGAUCAUCGCCGACACAGCCACAACCCCUCAUCGCGUCUGAUCUCACUUCUUGCCUUGACGCCUCCGCCCGCGCAUGACACUUGCUUUCACUCUUGCUAGCGCCAUUGUGCGUUCUCAAACACGAGCGUCAUCGAACCCAAUCUCAUUUCUCGAUUGGCGCCCCACGCGCGCACAGCGCAUCCUCUCACCUUAUAGAAGCAUCCAGCGCUUUUUCAAACUUACCAAUGCUGCUUUGCAUCCCAAAUCCUCAUCGGCGAUGAUUGCUGACAAAGCCACGAGACGCCGCACACGCGCAUCCAGCUUGACCUGCC